CUUUACUUUACUCUUACCCUAACUUUAAUUUAUUUCUCUCUUCUCUUUUUCACCUUCCUCUAUUUCUUUCCAUCUAAACCCAACACCUAAUAAUAACACCCCAAUCAUCAAAAUUUUCAGGUCCUUAAUCUCUCUUUUAAAUCUUCACUUUUUAUUAUUUUGGCCAAGAAAUUUCUAUCUAUUUGGUUUUUGUCAAAAACUUAUAUUUCUACCAAAAGUUCUCAUAUCAUCUCUAAUUCUUUUUUAAAUUUUUUUUUCCUUUGACUACCAAAAAAAUGUCUACACAACCACCUCAUCUCCAAACAACAACAACAGCAACACCCAUUUCUACUGCAAUAGUUGUUGCUGAUAAAAAAGGAGGAAUAAGAGAUUUAUCAGUAGCUGCUGCUGCUCUUAGUAAUGAAGCUUCUUAUCCUGGUUCAGUUACAACAUAUGAACAAGUGGUUCAGAAUGUUGAUUUAUUUAAUAAAACACUCAAAGAUCUUCAUGAAUCACUUGGUACUAAGUUUAUGGUGCCUAUCAUUGGAGGAAAGGCUCUUGAUCUGCACCUGCUUUUUGUGGAGGUCACUGCUCGUGGAGGUCUUGAAAAGGUCAUCCAAACCCGUAAAUGGAGGGAAAUAAUCGCUGUCUUCAGUUUCCCUGCAACAAUUACGAAUGCAUCUUUUGUCUUGCGGAAAUACUAUAUGUCUUUGCUUCAUCAUUAUGAGCAAGUGUACUAUUUUCGUAAACAACCUCAGCAAUUCUCGAUCACUUACGUGGGUAGCAGUCCUGUGAAUGAAUCAGCACCCAUGCAGAUUGAAGGAGCAAGAACUAAUGAUAACGGCACCAGUUCUAGUCAGCCAGUGAAUCCUCAGAAAUGGCCAGGUCAAUGGGUGACUGGAUCCAUUGAUGGAAAAUUUGAUAAUGGAUAUCUCGUUACGGUUAGUUUUGGCUCAGAGCAGCUGAAAGGUGUUCUCUACCAUGUUCCGCAUGACGCACAAGUUUCCCGUAAUACCAAUAGUAAUAAUUCAUCACUUGUACCCCGUAAACGAAAAAGGAACAGAAACCGUCUUGCAGCUAUGGACCCAUCUUAUCCCAAACCUAAAAGGAGUGGUUAUAAUUUCUUCUUUUCUGAGCAUUAUGCCACACUGAAGGCCGUCCAUACUGAAGGUGAAGAACUAACCAUUAGCACCAAGAUGGGAAACUUGUGGGGCAAACUCUCAGAGGCUGAAAAACAGGUGUACAGAGAGAGAGGGUUAAGAGACAAAGAAAGAUUUCGAAAAGAAAUGACGGAAUACAGAAAAACGUCAAAUGGUUCAAAACUGCAGUAAACCUUGAGAAAUUUAAUCAGGUAACUGGCAGGCGAAUGUGAAGAAGAGUAGUCAUGCAUGAGUUCGUAUACAGAUGUGCAGUAGUGACGGGAUUGAACCUAUGACUUCUCUGAUGCUACUCAUCCAAGCAAGUGAAAGACUUGCUUUGCUUGUGGAUCAGAUCACAGUCGCUAGAAGAAGUUUUUGACAGAAAUUAGAUGGAAAAAUGUUAGGUUGAAAAGAAAUGAGGAAGGGUUCCUGUAGUGUAGAAACUAGAAAGUAAUAUUUAGAGAUCUUAUUAACUUGUUACUGAAAAAUUGCCAUUGUAGAACUGUUUGUACCUUGUUUCUUUGGAAGGCAUGAAUUAGAAUUUCGUUUAAACAAGCGUUCUACUAUUUAUAUCUAAUAUAUAAGUUUGAGUUCA